UCCAAACCCGAAACUCCUACCUGCCAAACAGGAAAGUUGAUCGAAAUACUUGAUCUGCGAAGAUGAACGAUUUGUUUAUGAGCGAUUCGUUCAAAAGAUACAAGGACCUUGAGCGCCAAGUCUACAUCGAUGACAUGCAGGAUGGAGGCGAGACAUGGAAAGAGACUGUCGAUCUUGAUGGAUUCUUCAAGGAGAUAGAGAAUGUCCAACGUGACAUGAGAGCUGUGGUGCAGCAUUACAAGCGGUUAGAGGGAGCCAACGAGAAGAGCAAGCUCGUCCACGAUGCCAAGUCCAUGAAGGGGCUUCGCGCACGGAUGGACUCUGAUGUUGAGCAGGUGUUGAAGUUGGUUAAACUCAUCAAGGGGAAGUUAGAAAAGCUCGAACUCUCCAAUGAGGAUCAGCGAAAAGUUCCAGGGUGCGGCACAGGGUCAUCUUCGGAUCGAACAAGAACUUCAGUGUUCAAUGGCUUGGCCAAGAAGCUAAAGGACAUGAUGGAUGAUUUUCAAGGCUUAAGGGCCAAAAUUGCAUGCGAAUACAAAGAGACAGUUCAAAGGAGGUACUUCACAAUCACAGGUGAGAAGGCCAACAAGGAAACAAUAGAGAAUUUGAUAUCGAGCGGAGAGGGAGAGACAUUGCUCCAGAAGGCGAUGGAGGAGCAGGGCCGCGGCCAAGUUUUGGACACGGUUCAAGAAAUCCAAGAGAGGCUUGGUGCUGUGAAGGAGAUGGAGAAGAGCCUCAUUGAGCUCCACCAGGUAUUCCUUGACAUGGCUGCACUCGUAGAUGCACAAGGGCAGCAGCUGAACGACAUCGAGAGCCACGUGGCGCAUGCCAAUUCAUUCGUUAGGCGGGGAACCGUGCAGCUUGAGGUGGCUAAGGACUAUCAGAAGAGUACCAGGAAGUGCACUUGCAUUGCCAUUGUUAUUGGCACUUGUGUUAUUGUCAUUCUUCUUUUGCCUAUUUUGCUUGACUUCAAGAGUUAACAAAAAUAUGCAACUGCCCUCUGCGUUAACAAGAAUUGUAUUCUUUGUACGUUUCUACA